AUUAUCGUGCUACGAUCGAAAAUGAUUUAUUUUUAAAAUAUGGCGCGAAGCAGUCAGUGAAACAGUUCAUAAUUAUUUGCACUUGCAAAAUUUCGAUCAGCGUGGAAUUCACGAUAAAUUAAUCGAAAUGUUUCGUAGUUUUUAUCAUAAAUUUAUACCUAAGGUGAUCAUCGCAAGAAAUAUGGCUACUGUCAAAAGAUUUUAUCGAAAGACAAAUAUUAUACAAAGUGGAGAUAAAUAUGAGAUUACUUUGGACCAAAGGAAACUGAAGACACCAAAGGGUAGAGUAUUUGAAGUAUCUAGUAGACCAUUAGCAUUAGCAGUUGCAUUGGAAUGGGACAGUCAAGAAGAUACCAUCAAUCGGAGUAACAUGCAUUUAACGGCUUUAUGCAGUACAUUUUUGGAUAAUCCUCAGCACCUCAAUAAAAUUGAUAUCGUUAACUAUAUUAUUAACUGUCUAGAAACUGAUACAAUAUUAUUUCAAUCAGAUGAAAGUGAGGAAUUAUAUAAACUCCAAGUACAAAGAUGGGACCCAAUUAUUCAAUGGUUUUGUGAUAGAUAUCAAGUUGAUAUAAUUAAAACAAAAAGUAUCAGUCCACCCAUAAUACCUGCAAAUACAAAAGAUAUUUUAAUACGGCAUAUUUCGUCCUUCGAUUCAGCAGCCCUCCAAGGAUUCAUGUAUGGAGUAGAUGUUUUAAAAUCAGUCAUUCUGAUGUUAGCGGUUUGUGAUCGAUAUCUCAAUGUCGAACAAGCAGUUAGCCUCUCAAGAUUAGAAGAAGAAUUCCAAAUUUCACAUUGGGGCAAUGUGGAGUGGUCUCAUGAGCUAAACAAACAAGAUUUACAAAGUCGAGUGGCAGCCGCUGCAUUAUUUAUUUACUGCAACUCAACAUUAGUCACUACUAAACCCAAGUUGGACAAUACAUAGACAUAGAUAAUAUCAACAUAAUAAAUAAUGAUCUUUAUUAAAUUUACCUGUAAGUAGGACCGUGAUUUAAACAAACUGCUCCAUUUUUACAUGUGUUAUGUGUACAUUCAUUUCGAUGACAUUCUCCAACUCCACGACCACUAGCAGGGCUAGAUUUUGAUACUGGAAUCACUCCUUUCUCUGUAUGUACUUCAAUAUCAUAUAUACAACCCGUGAAACCAGUGUGAAGUGGUAAAUCAUGUGGUAAUGCUUCAAAGUUUUUCGAUUUAUGGCCUCCUAAAGUUUAAUAAAACAGACGAUUAAAAUUAAAUUUUUUUUUUUAAAUUAAACCACCAAUUUACCUAUGUAAAGCAAUGGAGAUACAUCCAAUUGUGUCAUCGUACCAGCAGCUUGGCCUGUAACAUUACCGAUGCCAUCGACAAACAACCAAGCAUCUCUACCACGUCUACCUAUAUGCAAAGUAUGAGGUUUGUGUGCUCUUGUUGAUAAAGGGCGUUUAGUAAAUAUCCUCCGAACGCCUGAGCCCAGAUCCCAUGUAAGCAUGAUAUAUCCUUUGACGUAAGUCACGGAAAAGUGAUCAGGAAUCUCUUUGGAUGAUCCACUUUGACCCAUAUAAGCUAUCAGAGAUAUCUGGUCAAUAGAAUGAGGGAUAAUACGCAUCUUCAAUUCCAUGUAAUCUUUGAUUGCUGCGUUAAUACCAUAAGCUACAUAUGAUGAAAACCCGGGGAUAAAUACUGAAAAUGACGGCUGAACUAUGGUAGAUUCUGACAAAAUAAAUUUUAAAAUAAUUAAUUCAUCAAUAUUUAAAUUAUAUUUCAUGAAGAAAAUUCAUCAAUAUAUACCUUCUUCACAACGAAGACCGUGCAUUCCUAGAGGACAGACACAAAUGAAUCCAGUACCUGGUGAUGUAAUGCAUGUAGAUCCAAGAUAACAAGGAUUAUCAUCGCAAACUGUUCUUUCACAAAAUUCUCCAGUAUACCUAUGUCAUCGAUUAAAAUGUAUCACUAAGUGAUUAAUAGGUUAUAUAGAUUUAAUAAUGUAACGAAUUUAAGAGCUAAUGAAUAAAUGCUAUUUACCCAGUGA